AACUGCUCCGUCACUAAAGGGAAAGUGAAACUGAGUCUCUUCUUCCUGGAAUUCAAGAGCGGAGAGAGAAACAGGGCGGCUGAAUCACAUGAUUAGAGCCAUGCCGCGGCUCAGGAUAACUCUCUUUAUGGGAAUACUGACAAGUCUUCAGAUUUCAUCUGCACAAAGGUUUGAUGUGACUGUCACUAAGACACCAGUUAUUGCCUCAAUGAGUGAUGGAAAUCCAACAGGUGGUGCAGCAAAUCUGAGCUGUCAAGUGUCACCUGCAGUCAGUGCUGAACUCAUGACAAUCAAGUUUCAUCGAGGAGACCCAAAAUCCUAUGUGUAUGUGUAUAAUAAGAAUCCAGCAGACUCUGGUACUCAGAAUGAGACGUAUAAGGACAGGACAGAGUUACUAACAGAGAACAUCACACGAGGACAAGUCACUCUAAGGAUAAAGAAUGUUCAGUUGUCGGAUAUAGGAAACUACACCUGUGUAUUUGCUUCUUCCGGACAUUACGACACAGGAAUUGUGGAACUGCUGGUGGCAGACUCCGAGAAUGUCAUCCCAAUUGCAGUAGGAAUCGGUGGGUCUGUGCUGCUGGCUGGUGCGGCUGGUGCGGCUGGUGCGGCUGUUUGCAUCUGUAAGAAAAAACAAGGAAAAGGAAGUGAAACUCAAGAAAUCCAAAGAGAAAUUGAAACAAGUAAAAACGACACGUGUGCAGUUGAAAUGAAACCUCUAAAUGAAGCUGAAUGAUUUGUGGCCUAAGACGGAGGUCCUGUGAGUGUUACACAGAGGCCCUAAAUGAUGUCCCCAUCAAGAUUCACUCCACCCACAGGAUUAACUCGUCAUCCCUUUCAUAUCAGCCACAUAUAUGUAAUCCACAGGCUGCAUGGCUGAUUAGGAAUGUGCAACAAUGCAGCCAUAGCCGCCAUGCGACUUGUACUUCAAAUGAUGUUUAAUCGGCAUCUACAGAAGGAUCAGGAUUUGAUAUAUGGUCAGUGUGAAAGGAGUGAGGUGGAGGCCACAGGUCAGACUGCUUCUGCACUAGCCACACCCACUGCGUUUUGUUUGUUGCGGUAUCAUUAUUUCAAUUUAUAACAUGUAGGGGGCAGAUUUAUCAAACGUCGAAUUUCGAAUUUUUUUUACUCUUAUAAAUUUCGAAUAUACUCAAUGGGGGAUUACUUAAGAUAAAACUCGAACAUCUAAGACUCGAACGAAUAUUACCGAAACGAAAACUCGAAUCGAAUUCUAAUCGAAUUUGAAUUUAUGUGAAUUUUUUUUUUU